GACAUGUCUCUUCCCUCCACACCCAAGUCUACGUGGAUUAGGUUAAUAGACUAUGAUCAUCUGUUAUUUCAGUAGCCUACUUGUCAAGGCAUAGAGACAAACGAGCGGUGGGAAUUCGUGGGUUUGCUGUUACGACAGUGAGGGCAUUGCCGCAAAUGUGCCAGCAGGGUGAUAGGAAGACGGCAGUCGGUCUCGACACCGAAGCUGGAUUAAACAUCACCAUACUGGCCGAGGCACCGGAACGCGACUCUCUUCUGCCUGUUAACGCGAACACGCUUAAAGUUUCCCCGCACGGCUUUACUUUCGUGUCGAUUUUACACCGGAGUGACAUGGACAGCCCCAUGCGUCAGGGGUGACGUCACAGGGGUUUGCCUGCUGGGAUGUGUAGAUACUAGAAACAAAUAACAGCCCUUCGUUUCCGUAUUUCUCUGUUAUAUAUCGCUGCAGCAGUUCGCGAGCAUCACAGAUUUGGAGAAUGCCUCCAGCGCUUUAAUAAAAUCAAGAUUUCUGCUAUUCGGCGCUGUUAUCAUCUCAACUACGGGGGAGUUUUGACGUCUCUGAUUGAGGAAGUGGGAUGUGGCCAGGCUUGUAUUUUGUGUUGCAGAUUAAGAUGUGAAAAUGUUAGUAGGAGAGGUUUGUGAAUCGCGUUACACUGUAAUCUUAAGUAGGCGAACACGACUGGCGCUUGACGAUUCCUCGUUGGACUAAGGAAAUGACUCCUUUCUGCCUGCUUUGAUAUGCUGCCGGGGGUGGUCACAUGGGGCGCGUGAAGCGAAGAUGUGAAUUUUGAUGUAGAUGUUUUAAUUGUAUUUUUAAAGUGGAGCCAUUAGAAUUCAAUGGUUAAAAUGUCAACUCAGCACCAGAUAAUGGACUCAUCUCUAUCACUGGGAAGAUUGGAAAUAAAAAGCGGCGCGGGGAGUCAGGAGCAUGGCCUUUCCGGACCGAUAAAUGAGAAGGACGUGCAGGUUGGACUGAAGACACACCUCAAUGGGUGCGUGCCGCUCUCCCAUCAGGUGGCCGGCCAUAAGUACGGCCGUGACAAAGCAGGAAUGCUGCAGCACCCGGAUGGUACUGUUCUGAAGCAGCUCCAGCCCCCUCCUCGAGGCCAGAGGGAGAUGCAGUUCUACAGGAAGGUAUAUGCUGAGGACUCUGACGACCUGCUCUUGUUGGACCUGCAACAUUAUCUUCCAAAAUACUAUGGCACCUGGUCUUCACCUGAAGCGCCAACGGUUCUGUACCUAAAACUGGAGGAUGUCACAUGCAAAUUCAACAAGCCAUGCAUCAUGGACGUGAAGAUCGGUCAGAGGAGCUAUGACCCAUUUGCCUCCAAGGAGAAGAAGGAGCAGCAGAUCCAGAAGUAUCCUCUGAUGGAGGAGAUUGGCUUCUUGGUUCAGGGCAUGAGGAUAUACCAGGUAACCUCUGAUCGAUAUGACACUCACGACCAAUAUUAUGGACGACGUCUCGGGAAGGACACCAUCAAAGACGGGGUCGCCAAAUUCUUUCGCAAUGGAAAAAUCCUGAGGAAGGAUGCCGUCGCGAGCAGCAUCCAGAAGGUGCAGAAGAUCCUGCAGUGGUUUGAAGGCCAGAGUCAGUUACACUUUUAUGCAAGUUCCCUGCUGUUUGUAUAUGAGGGUGCGCCCCAGCUCGACGGCGGUGGCCUGGUAGGGAACGCAACACUCCCGGCUGUGGCUGCCCUGAAGGAAGGUAUCCCAGAAUGCAACAACAACAUCGGCGAGGUGGGCUCCCGGGAAAACGGGCAUGUGGCGGCGGCCCUGGACCAGGGUCUCUCCAACAUGUAUGUGCUGCACCAGAGGGGCUGCGGCCGGGACCACCGCGUCGACGUCUGCCUCCCGUGGACGUGCGCCGGCCAAGCCCCACCCGAGCAGCCCAACGGCAACAGCACGCGGCCGGACGCCGACGGCGGCCGACUGGAGUGCGACUCGGCGAAGUCGUGCGGCGAGGUGGAGGUCCGCAUGAUCGACUUCGCGCACGUCUUCCCCAGCACCACCCGUGACGAUGGCUACAUCUUUGGGCUGAAGAACCUGCUGUCUACGUUGCAACAGAUUCUAAACGAAUAAACAACGCUAAACGUGCCCCUCCCCCGAGCGAUGCAAUCUGCACUAACUUCUUUGUGCAUUACGCUGGCUUGUUCUAAACUGCUAGUAAAAGUCUAAAGUAUCCUACUCAGGUAAAUGAAUCAAUACUCACGUUAGUCAUCGCAAAAGAGCAGCGUAUUGCAGUUAUCAACAGUGCCUGUGUGCACGGUAUCUGGAAUUUUUUUUUCUGUAUUCUAUACUGCACAGCGAUUCUCAUAGAAAUAUUUAAUAGUAUACAAGUGAUUCCAGAUGACUUGCUAAAACUACUGAUUUUAUCAUUUUUUUUAAUGUAUAGAUAAUUUGUGUACUGAGAUUUUCACUAAAUGGAGGGUAUUUUAUUUUAGAUGUUUUUAUUUUUUACAUAAGGACAGUAACACUAUUUGUUUAAGAACUGGCUUAUUUUAAAAACAUUAUUGGUUAAUUACCAAACUGUACAUGUUUAAACGUCAUCUGAUGCAAGGUGGCUAAUGUUUUGGCGAUAACGGACUGUUGGAUGUUAUUUUUUUUCUUGUUUUUAUUUAUUUAUGAUGAUGAUUUUUUGCCCCUGUAAACUGCUCUGCCAAAGGAGCUGUCAUGUGACCAGGACCUAUAGGAAUAUAGCUAAAGAAGGUGUCUGAAGGUUCUGUCACACCAUGAGUGAAUGUGGUCCAGGUCUCUGCGUGUGACAGCAACACGUUCACCAUGCUGAAGGCCAGGGUCCUGCUCCGCUGGCCGCUAUUGGCCACAUUCACUGAUUGUGGGACCUGACUGUUGCCUUUUGUCUGGACAACUUUGUUUCCAAAAAAUAAUGUGAACUUCACAUGAAGACAACGUUUAAAAACUUGUCACUGUAAUCAUGCCUGUCUAUUUACCAGUGUCCUUAAAUCCCAUUUCUUAAUUGUACAUGAUGUUUCCCCCCCCCCCCCCUUUCAAAUUUUUAUCACCCCUCAUGCCAUAUUCCUGUAUCCUUCAUUAAGACAUGAACAUAUGUACUGCAACAAGUUAUUUACAAUAUGAUUUGCUCUUAAGGAAUUUAAAUGAAGUCCAGUUACCCAGAAAAUUAUAUUUCAUACAUUUGAAAGGAUAAAAAACACUACAGGGUUAUUUAAUGUAACGUUUAAAUCGUAAAGAUUGUAAAUCUUAGAUGGUUUUAGUCAAUGGCUUCCAGAAUGCUAUGCACCUUUGAACAUCCAUCCAUCCUCUAUAACCGCUUGUCUUAUGCAGGGUCAUGGAGGUCUGUAGCCUAUCCUCCCCCAGAACACACUGUAUUCUGACAUUUUGGGGGUCCUUCUCACAGCCGUGGAAGGUAUGCAUACAUGACUCUGACUCUUCACUUCUUUAUAUUUUGAUUUGCAAUGCGGAGUUCUGAAAGUAACUCCUUUACGAGAAAAAUUGUGACUGCAGCACAUCGUUCUUUGCAGCCAACGAGACGGCGUAGCCACUAUUCCAUUACUGUUUAAGAAACCUUUAUGCUAUGAUGAAAGAACAUACAGAGGAGAUUUGUUUUUUCUAAGUGUUUUUAAAUCCUCAGUGACAUGCUUCCAUGUUAUGGUGUCCAUUUCAAUUGACAGGCAUUUUGUCGAUCUACCUAAUAAUUACACUACUAGAAGUGAAACAAUUUCCACGAAUGGAUGGGUUGUCUCUGAAGAGCUGGCGUACUGUAUAACUUCUGUUGCAGCUCUUAGACACUGCUGUCGAAGAGGUAACUUAUGUGGCUAAGGGGACAAUACAGUAACUAAAUACUGUAAAUAUGCAGGGUCAUCUACUGCAGCUACAUUCAGUCAACUAUAUGCUGAUUUAUAGCAAUGUCAUUGAUAACUGAAAUAUCGCGUUUACAUUCCAUAUAUAUUUUGCUCGUUAAAGGUGUAUCAAUGUAGUGAAUAUUCAUGUUCAGGAAGCUAAUGUUUAUGGCGAAGUGGUGGGUAUGCGUUCCUCUGAUUUCUGUUGUUGUUGUUGUUUUCUAAUGCACUGAAACAAGUUAACCUGAAGUGUGAAAUCUCGUCCUCUUGCUGUGAACUAACCAAUGAUAUUUUCCUCUCCUGCGUGGCGGUUUUUUGUGGCAACGUUCGACGGAGUCGGAUUUUAGACUUUCGGGUAGCUGAGAAUGAAAUGUGAUGGACCUGGGCACUUUAAAUGCAUGGGACUCGACUGGAUUUUGCCGAAGGAACUGAGCACAUUAAGGCCGAACAAUGACUCGCAUAUUGUACCGAUAACCCUACGUGAGCUUGAACCUAGGUUAUCGUAACUGUAUUCAUUCCGUUAUCAAAUUUGGCAACGAUUUGUGGCUUCGCCUUGGAAUCUCCCAUUUCUUGGUGUUCUGGAAUAAGCAGCCCAGUAAUCUGACAUGACCCAUUUCCCUGCUUAUUGUCUCUCUGUUCCAACUGUGAAGGGUGAAUCCCAGAUCUGGUUUAAUACAUGCGUGCAAAUGCAGGGGAAGAUUCUUGUGUAGUAGCUUUUACUCUCUCGCUCUGUCUUCUGAUCACAUGAAAGGAACUACUUUUGUAAAUCAGAUAUAUAGAUAUAUAUAUAUAUAUAUAUAUAUAUAAUAUUUAGAUAAAGAUAAUACCUGUAUAUUUGGCAAAUUCAAAUUACUAAUAAAAUAUACUCCUGAUGGAA